UUUCUCAGUCUCUUUUCUCAGUCUCUUUUCUCAGUCCCUUUUCUCAAAUUUCUCGCCGCGCAUGCUUGACGUGCGAGUGACGCUUGCGCGGAACGGCGUCUUCUUUGCUGGCGAGACGGUGCAUGCGACGAUUGCGCUGACAAACCUCAAUUCCAGCGCCAAGCCGACCGACGCGAGUACGACUGGAACGACUGGUACAAGCACGAGCGGCGUCGAGAAGAUUGCCUGGGUCAGCGCCCAAGUCACCUGCCACGCGCGCCUCAACGCGGCGUACACGAACGCAGAUGCAGUCGCAAACAACCCGCAGCGACAUCCGCACGCGCGCGACGCGGAGGUCAUGACGGACGACGCGGCGCCAAUCGCGGCAGUCCAGCUGGCAAUGAAACAGCUCUCAGCGCCGUCCACUGCGACGCCAGCCAUCGAGAGCCAUCAUCAUCAAGAUGGUCAACAUCAUCGUCAUGAUCAUAGUAGCCAUCACGACGUCCAUCCCGAUGCUCAACAAGGCCCAGGUGUCCAGUCAACCGCCUCGUCCUUGCUCUCAUUCUUCUCGUCCUUCCUGCCAGGCGGAUUGGUGUCCGAACCGUCAACCCCGAACAGUCACCCGCCAUCACAGCAGACAGUGUCGCCAAACCACAGUCACACUGCGCACUCGGGUCGCGCAUCACGCCAUCGAGGCGACGAUUCGAAUGGCGUGUUGAUGUUUAGCUCGCCUCUUGUGAUUCUGACCAACAACACGUUACUGGAAGCAGGCCAAGCACAGUCAUUCGAGUACAUGGCUCCCUUGCCGUUGGACAUUCCCCCAUCACAUCGCGGCGUUUCUGCAGGCUACACUUAUCGAAUUAACGUUGGCGUUCAGCUUGGAAAUGCCGAUCCAGUCUCCCUUCCCGUUUCGUUCCGUGUGUUUGUUAUUCAGCCUGUGGAAAUGCUCACCUCAACAUUAGCUGCACUCCAUCUGGAUCGUGACUCGGAGCGAAAACGGUCAAUAUCGCGCCAAAGUCCCUUGCCGCAACAAGAUGGGGCGAAACGGGGCCUUGGCGAAGAGUCUCGCCAAGCUUUGACACGGAGAUCGUUCCCGUCGUUGCCAGAGCCAGCAGGCGGGCCAUCUCGUUCGGAACUCUGGGACUCGGAUACCAUUUUCGAGCUUUUGUCGCUAGUCACUGCCAAUGUAUCCACUCGACAAGGGGCAUCGAAAUUCAACAUCACCUCCUCCAUUGGGCAUGUGGCGCGCUUCAAACUACGAAAACCCGCCUAUCGACUGGGCGAGGAUGUCGUUGGAACCUUUGAUUUUUCGGACGCAACCAUCCCUUGUUAUCAGAUUGCCAUUCAUCUGGAAUGCAUCGAAACGGUCGGGUUGCCAUACGCUGUCAACCCGCAAAAACUGUCCACCACGCGGCUUCAUGCCGAGCAUCACGAAUUCUGCGCCCAUACAAAGCAGCUCCAUGUUGCGCUUCCUGUUCCUCAAGCAAGCACGCCUGAUUUCGACACGGAUUUGCUUUCUGUCAAGUGGAGGCUGCGAAUCGAGUUUGCGAUCGCCUCUCGGGUUGACCAAGGCAAGCCUAUUCUUCCGGAUUGCGAGCCGUUGCUCGACUCGAACGAAACGUGGGUUUCUCCGACGCAAAUCCAGGCCGAGCUGUUGUCCAUGACCAUUCCGCUGGUCGUCAUUGCUGCGCAUCCGCUACACGUUCAUUCGCCCGCCCUAGUGACCGCGGCUCUGCUCAAGCACGAGUGAUUGGUUGGAUCGAUGAUGCAUUCUUAGCUUGCUGCUCUGUUGUUCUCAAUGCCAAUAACACACCAUCCCACUCCCCAACA